UCAUGUGGAAAGGAAGGUGUUGGGAGGGAGGGAGAGGAGAAGGAGCGUGUCCGACGCCGGAAUGGAAGGAGAUUGGUGCGGAAGGGCGGAAUUAUUGUUGGAGACUGUGCGGAGUGUCCAGCAGAGGUCAGUGCCACCGCAGUUUGGUCGGCCUGACCGUCCCCUCCCCCACGGGCGCUGGACCUGCCCAAGGUCAGCUCUGCAGAUGGCUCAGAUGGACUUGCGGGAGGGAGAAGCGCCUUCACCUUCAGCCCAUCUGGGUGACCCCGCUGGAGCUCAUCCUCCCCGCUGCUCAAUCUGGGAAGAAGAGCCCCGAGAGUCUCUGCGGCGGCAACAUCCCAGGGAGAGGGCCGGAGAGGCCGGCCUGGCCCUCGGAAUCGCAGAGGCCUUCCGGGAGCGGACAUCCAAAGGCCGGUUGUCCGCCCGGUUCCCCAGCCGGACGUCCCACCCGGGGCCGCCUCGAGAUGAGCCGGACCCCGACGCCGUCGACGACCGGGGAAGCAGGCGGAGAUUCGUGCAUUUCACUUCCCAAUGGAGCCACAAGGUGGCACCAGGACCCAACUUUGCCCGGGAAUCCGCCGACGUCGCCCAGCAAACUGCGGGUCCAGGUUCAAGUUGUCGUUCCACUCUAAAAGCAUCUCGGAGUCUUUUAAGAGGAUUUUUUUAAAAAGUAAACUAGAAGAAGAAAAGAUUUCCAGGUUUAUGAUUUCUGAUGCUACUGCCCAACAUUAAUUUUUUUCACUCGGUACUAUCAUUUACUACUCUUUUGCCAAUAAACUGAAUGGCUUUUUUAACCUCA